AUUUUUAAGGGUCACUGUUGUAAAUUUUAAAUUAUAUUAAAUAUUCAAUAUUUGUAUAUGGUUCAUCUACCAGUAUGUGUAUGUGUAGCAUGAAGUUCACUGAGCACAGUUUCUGUCCUGAUGUUAAUGCCAGAGGAGGAUUAGUACUCUGCAGUCUUUGAGUCAGCAAAUAGUUGGUGACUUGUGCUGCACAAUGUGCCUCAGCACUCUGCAUCUCUAUAACUUUAUGUGGUCUGUCACUUUGUGGCUGUGCUGCUGUGGUUCCCAAAUUCUUCUACUUUGCAAGAAAAAAAUCCCUUACUGUUGUUUGUGGGCUAUCUGAGAAGACCAAAAAUUGACUAGGUUAUUGAUGUUAUACACCUGUGCCAUUAGAAAGAGAGUUGAAUUCAAAAAUUAAAAAGUCUGGCCCAAAACAUUUGACCAAAUAUUGCAGGUAUUCAUCACUACACUGAUUUACAGGUAUUCUCUAAAAACUAACCCAUAUAAGGAGUGACAUAAUUAGGGGAAAUUUCUACUGCUAUGACUGAAGACUUAAAACAGAUGAUUUUUGAAAGACUCAGACAUACCGAACCAUGGCGGAUACACUGCAGUUUCACAAGUCAGUCAGAGGAAACUAUGAUAGAAAUCUGUACUUCCUGAUAAUUACAAACAGGAUGAGAGAUGCUAGAACAUUCACAGAUAUGUGACCAAACCAGAAUAAAGUUGAAAUGACUCAUUGAGUGAGCCAUCAAAAAUACAAAUGUUAUUUAUAAUGAGCAAAAAAGUACAAGCGCAUUAAUAUAUGGAGCUAUAUGUAAAUUGAAUACACUGUUUGUGCUUCAUUUAAACAGUUGUUGUCCAACCACAUGUUAGCAAACAUACUGUAGAGUAGCUGCAUUUCUCUACACAGUAAAACACCAUAUACGGAGUUUUAUAGCCAGGACAUUCCUUCUUUUAAGAAAUGUGCCAGACUUGGUCCCUGCUAAAAGUUUUGCUACCUUUCUGAUAAGUUUAUGUUGAUUUUUCAGCCCCAUGAUGGUUUCCUUCUCUUGUCUUUACGUCUGCCUAAAAAUUAAGAUAAAACUGAAGUUAUUCUGUUCUGGCUGGUGUUGCACUGUCUUUGUUUUGUUUUUGGGGUUUUUUGCAAUUGUUGCACUUUAUGUAGUCCUGUGUUGAUUGUUAUAUGUCAUAUGUAGCACUAUGGUCUUGGAGGGACGUUGUGUAAUUUCACUGUGUACUGUGCCACGGCUCAUGGUUGGAAUGACACUAAAGCCACUUGACUUGACUUAACUUGUUAUUAUACUUGGCCCCAAAAAAUCAUAGAAACACAUUUACUCUGGAUGGCCUCCAGUACUACUGUGAUUUUUGACCAGAAUAUGUCCUUCAUAUUAAAUAAAUAUGUAGAACUACAGUCCUGCAUUUUUGGAUUAUAUUAUAAUCCUACAAACUUAUGUUUGUCCCUAAAAUUUGCAACAUCCUGUCUCAGAGUGAUGGCGAAAACCACAAAAUUUGAUAAAUUUCUACAUGUGAGUUUUUGUUUUCAAAUUCACCAUGAAAAAGAAGUGAUUUGAUAAUUGAGUUUUUGUGCUGAGGUUUAUGCAAGAGGAGGUUAGAAACUCUGAAGUUGUUGAGUCAGCAAAUUAUUGGCAAACUUUAUGCACUGUGUGCAAGCAAGUGAGCAGGAAGAGCAGAAAUUAAAUUGUUGAGGUUACUGAUUUUAUACACCUGUGUAAUUUUAUAGACUCUAAUUUUAUAUAUUUAAGAAUUCAAAAACUACAUUCUGUGCUUGUACUUCAGGGAGACUCUGGUGCCCCAUUAGUCUGGGAAGCUGCAAAGGCGUAUUGGUGGUGUCUGCCAGUAGGCCAAACCCAAAUUAUCUAACAGUCCACACUUAUACUAAGAUAGUUAUAUAGGGACUGAAUUGAUUGUAUACUGAAACAUAAGUGAAACACUUAAUCACUAUCAAGAGAUCUAAUGACUGAGAUAUCAAUAUUCAGGCUGAUUACAAUGAUGACGAUGGUAUACGUGUUUGUAACACAUAAUUAGACAAUAAACUGUUGCACUUUGUUCUUGAUGUCUAUUUUUCAUCAUCGUAAUACAAACUAAACACGUCCUUUGUGAUUGUACAACUGGCUUAUCGUAUUAUACCGCGAAGGGCUGUCUGAGUAAAACACUGUAUACUUAAGAAUUUAUCCUGCUACUUCUACAUUGCUGUAUAUCAUGCUAUAUGUAUUACAAAAAAGCAAAGUGACAGAUGACUUGACCUGUAACUGGUGCUACAUGUCAGCUGGCUUCCUGUUUCACGCGCCCCCAACAUUCUGAAAAUAGUUUGUUUCCAAGUAAUCCGCCAGGCUUUCUCACUAAAUAUUGUGAAGAUGCCUUCUUGAAGCCAUGUGCACAAAUUCUUGCAACUCUUGCAACAGUCAUAGCUUUCCAUCUAAUACAUCAUGCUAACAAACAAUAACUUUUCACACUGUUGUCACUCUUAAAGUAUAUUAAGUUAAUUAGCUUCUUAAUUUUCUUUUAAAUUUUUCUUUCAUCAUGAACCCCAAAAAACAUUUUACCCCAUGGUUUUAACAUUCUUGCUAUAAAUUGAAAAUGUUAUAAAAUGUCUUCUUUCUUUAUUAUUGUUCAUAGAGUUUGUACUGUGAGUUGACUCUAUCAAGUCAUAUACUUGAAUCUUGGACCAAUUUAUAGCAAAGCCUGUCUCACAAUAUCGCAACAAAAAGCCAUGUUAUAUUCACCUUUUUGUUUUGUUUGAUUUGAUUUAUUUUAAGCUUUAUUGAAAGAUUUUGAAUCUAUAACAAUGCAUAAUGUGACCCUUGUUAGAACUAUAUUACUAUUAAGCCUGCUUAAAGACUCCAACUAAGACUAAUGAGCUACAUUUAAUAAGCUACACUUUUUUUCAGCUUCUGGAGGUGUCAGAGAUGAUCUCUUUAUAAAUGUGGUUUGACACCCCAUCAUUUGCAUUUACAAAAACACAAACACUUCCUCCUUUAUUAUAAGGAAGCAUUUAAAGACUGAAGUGUCAGUGAAGUGUCCCAUUGCUCUUCAGUAACUCACCUUGACUUUGAUCUCACCAUGUUUACCCACUGUAACCUGGCAGCACUGAUACUCGUGCUGACUCUUCAUGAUCAAGUUCAUACAGGAGAAAUCGUGGGUGGCCAUAAGGUUGCACCACAUAGCAGGCCGUACAUGGUGAUUUUGGAGCUGAACAAGUCAAAUGGUAUUACAACAUACUGUGAUGGCUUCCUUGUAAAUGAGCAUUUUGUGAUGACUGCUGCCCACUGCGAAGCCAGAUUGUACAAAGUCUUUCUGGGACUUCAUGAUUACAAAAAUCGCAGAAAAGUACAGACUGUGACUGUGGAUGAGACAAAUGCUUUUCCACACGAAGGCUACAACAAAAUUUCUUUAAAAAAUGACAUAAUGCUUCUUAAGUUGCAUCCCAAGGCUAAGUUCAACGAGAAUGUGACAUCUAUUACUCUCGCAGGCCGUGAUGAUGUCCCAAAGUCAUGUGCAGUCCUUGGCUGGGGAAAAACAGAGAAUGGUAAAGCAUCUGAUGUACUCCGGGAAGUCAAUGUGAACCUGACUGACAAUGAGUUGUGUGCUAAGGAAAAAAAGUACUGCUCUAAAGGUACAACUGGACCAAGCAACGGAGACUCUGGUGGCCCGUUAGUCUGUGAAUGUGGAACGGCGUAUGGGGUGGUGUCUGCCAGCCAGCAAAACACCUACAGUUAUACUAUGAUACCUGAAUACAGAGACUGGAUUGACUGCAUACUAAAACAUAAGUGAAAGUCAUAAUACAUUUAAACCUCAGAUCGCUAAGACAUCUGAUGACUGAGAUAUCAAUAUUUAGACUGAUUCCACUGAACUGAGACUGCCUAACAGACAAGAUAUCAUUGUGACCUAAUAUACUGAUACUGCAUUUCAUGUUCUUAAAAACAGUAAUAAUCAAUUAUUGCUUUGCCUUUCUGUUAGAGUAGAUUCAAAGAGAACCCAUGCCGUUAUGCUUGUUUGUAACAUUUAAUGAGACAAUAAACUGUUUUUCUUUGA